CACGCAGGGUGAGCACCACCACCACCACCUCUUCCUUCCUGACGACCAAGGAUAUCAACUCCAUCACCACCAUCAUCCAUCAUGCCUGGCCUGAAGAGGAAGGCACCUUCACAGUCCACUGCGGCUGCGAAGCCAUCGCUCUCUGCCACAGCAGCCGCUUCCUCCACCAAGAAGCCCCGCCCUGCCGAGAGCUACGCACCUGCCCCUCCUUCCGCACUGGUAGACUCCCAGGUCGACUUCCCAAGAGGAGGCGGGUCGGGUCUCACCCCCUUCGAACAUGCCUCUACCCUGCGCGAGGCUCGAGCUGAAAUGGCCUCAGCCAGGAGAGGAGACGGAGACCUCUUUGCUGAAGGAUCUACCUCGAAAAAGACACUCAACCCAGAAGAGGAGAAGAAGAGGAGAGAGGACAGGAAGAAGCUCGGCAGAGACAAGCAGAAUGCCAAGAAGAAGAAGAGCUUCACAUCAAAAGAGGCCGAAGACACCACUACAAAGACGAGGCAUCAGAAGGACCACAUCCGUAUUGAGCAUCUCAAUUACAAGCGUCUCGCAACUGGCACUCGCCUGCUAUGCUCAGUAGUGGCCGUGCAUCCUCUCGCCCUCAUCGUCUCUUUGCCCAACCAGCUCGUUGGCCACAUUCCCAUCACCUCCAUCAGCCCGCUCUUCACACAGAAGCUGCAUGAGGCUGCCGAGCAGGACUCGGAUGAUGAGGCCGACGACGGCACGGACGACGACGAUAGUGAUGUUGGCUCAGUGGGAGGCAGCCAGAAGAAAGCCAAGGCAACCGUUGCCAAGCUUGCCUCUGGCCUCCCAGAGCUAUCCGACUGCUACAAGGUGGGACAGUGGGUACGAGCCGCGGUGGUAUCGGUCAACUCGUCUGGCCCACGCAAGGCCCCUUCGUCCGCUCAAGAAGCUCAUGAGUUCGACAAGGAAUCAAGACGAGUAGAGCUGACACUCGCCCCUGAAGCCGUUAAUGACGGAGUGGGCGCCGAUGAUCUUGCUGUAGGCUUCGUCAUCUCCGCCGCAAUCAAGAGCAAGGAGGAUCAUGGAUUCCUUCUGGACGUAGGCUUGGAUGGCAUCUCUGGCUUUGCCCCCUUCAAGAAUGUGGAGAGCACCUCUUUUUACCCCGGCCAAGUCGUGGAUGCGGCUAUCACAUCUCUUGCUUCUCAAGGCAAGUCAUUCACUGCUUCACUCAAAGCGUCAGCUGCUGCGUCUGCCAUUCUGGGUCCCCAAGAUGCCCCUUCCGCUAGCGCUCUUGUCCCAGGUUGCCAAGUGACAGCGCUCAUCACUGCGUCGCUUCCUACUGGUCUCAAUGCCAAGCUGUGGGGUAUGUUUGAUGCUACCAUCGACAGCUUCCACUUGCCCGCUCCUCUGCCUGCGGGCAAGGAGAUGCACGAAGUGUACAAGGUCGGCAGUAAGAUCAAGGCCAGGAUUCUCUGGGAGUCGCGCAAGAACGAGAUGGGAGGCCUCGUUGCCAGCACUGGGGAGGAAGAGGCCGGACCACGAGCAGUAGCUCUGAGCGCAGCGCCUCACAUUCUCUCCCUCUCAGCCCCCAAUGCUGGUGACAAGGCUCAGCAAUCUCUUUCAGAAGCCUACCCCAUUGGAGCCAAGGUGGAAGCCAAGGUCACUCACACGGAUUCCGAGUGGGGCCUCACCUGUUCCGUCUCCUCAGCGAACAUUCAAGGCUUCACUCACAUCUCUCGUGUGUCAGACGACCAUGUUGUUAAGCUUCCUUCGAGAUCAGGUCCCUUUGCCUUGGGGACCACUCAUUCUGCCAGGGUGGUCGGUCACGCGCCCACAGACCGUCUGCUCCUCCUCAGCUUCCAGAAGAGCACGCUGGAGAAGGCCUUCAUGCGAGUGAGCGAGGUAGAGGUAGGCUCAAAUGUGCGGGCUACGGUCACCCGUAUCGGCCCGAAUGGCUCUGCCAUCUUCCUCGAUCUGGGGGGCGCCUUCCCUGGUGUCGUCUUUCCCUUGCAUUUUGCAGACGUACCGCUGAAGAAGCCAGAGAAGAAGUACAAGCCUGGAGCAACCGUCAAGGCUCGUGUGCUGAGCGUUGAUCCGGCUCGCAAUCGUAUUGUUCUGACGCUGAAGAAGUCGUUGGUAGCUAGCGAACUGCCUGUCAUCUCCUCCAUCCAGGACGCCAGAGUUGGCGUUGUCACCCAAGCGACAGUCUCCAAGUUUGUCGAGAACAGGGGCUUGAUCGUAGACCUCUUCGGUGGUCUGCGAGCCUUUGUCUCCACCUCGGAAGCUACAGAAGCUCCCCUGGGACCUUCUGCCCCUACUCUGCAGUCUCAUUUCUACGAAGGCAAGGUUGUCACAGUGCGCUUAACGCACGUCGAUUACGAAGCCAACAAGCUGCUAGCCUCGGUAAAGCAGGCCAGCCCAAGCUAUCUGGCCAAGCUGGAUGUUUCUGGCGUUCAGCUUGGAGAGAAGGUGACAGGCACGGUCGCAGCUAUUCGUGAGGAUGUCGCUGUUCUCGAGUUGCAGCCCAGCAAAGUUCGAGGUCUCUUGUCACUCAACAUCCUCGCUAAGCGGAGAGAGCAGACCGUUGACGCUCUUCGCGAGCAGCUGGAAGAAGGAGAGACGCUGGACAACCUCAUCAUCGUUGACAAGCAUGCUGAGCGCGGCUUUGUCAUCGUCGGAGAUGCUCGAUCUCAGCAGGCUCGCAAGACCGCCUCUGGUAUUGCCGAGCCUUUGCACGUCGGAUCGUUGCAGACGGGCACAAUUGCUGCAAACUCGGGAGAGCCCAAUGUGGCUACCGUCAUCUUGGCUGGCGGCUGCCGCGGUCGCCUACAUCUGACUGAUGCGGCUGAUGACUUCGACCAGGCUGCUCUGCCCGCGACGGACGAAAGUGUGCAAGUGUACCUCCUCCGCCUCAGGAAUGCAGGCAAGCGAGCAGACGUCAUCAUCCGUCCUUCCCGCCUGGUGAAGGACAGUAGCGAUGCCGUCAAAGACGCCGAGGUAGAGCGUGCCUCGGACCUCAAGGUGGGCGAAAAGCGACGAGGCUUCGUCAAAUCGAUGUCGCCCGCUGGUCUGUUCGUCGACCUCGGCCGUAAUGUUACGGCUCGAGUCCUCAUUGCUGAGCUCUUCGACGACUUCGUCAAGGAAUGGCAAGGUCGCUUCAAGGUCGGUCAGCUGGUCAGCGGUACCAUCACAGCUGUCGAUGCAGGUCACUCAAAGGUCGAAUUCUCGCUCAAGACUGUACCUGGCUCUUCAAAGAAGAGCAAAGCAGAUCGGACGGCUGAGAAGGCUGAAGCCAAGGAGGCCGAGAGGCUCAAGAAGGAGGCUGGUCAGCUUCGUCUGCAGGACCUCGAGAAGGGCAUGAAGGUCAAUGGCUUUGUUCGAGCCGUACAGGAAUACGGAGUCUUUGUGCAGAUUGAGGGCAGUCAGAUCAGUGGCCUAGCGCACAAGAGUCAAUUGAGUGACAAUGCCGCUGCUCCUGGGUCGGAUCCCACCAAAGCGUUUGGUGUAGGAGACCGGGUCAAGGCCGUCGUGCUGGAAGUCUUUCCCGAGAAGAAGAAGGUCAACUUCGGCCUGAAGCCUUCCUACUUCACUGCCGAAGACUUUGAAGAAGACGACGGAGAUGAGAGCGAAGAGGAUGAUGAUCAGCUAGAGGGAGACGAGACGCAAGAUCAAGAUGAGAUUGACGAGGUGAUGGGCGACGAUGAGAGCGAAGAGGAGGAUGAGGAGGAUGAUGACUCUGAAGCUGAGGGCGACGACAGCGACAUCGAAGUCGAUGCUGAAGCUCUCCUCAACGGCGACACCGACGACGACUCGGAUGGCGAUCUUCUUGAGCUGGGGAAUGGUGAAGAUGAUGAGGAGAGUGAGGCCAGUGACGACAGCGACGAGGACGUCGAGAUGCGAGAGGUCAGCUCUCCAGCUCAGAACAAGGCGAAGGCCACUCCUUCAGCUCUGCCAGCCCUCGAGCUCGGUGGUGGCUUCAGCUGGUCAGUCCCCGAAGAUGACGGCGCUGCUCAAGACUCUGCUUCGGACAGCGACAGCGACAGCGAUGAUGAGGACGAUGUCAAGGCAGCCAAGCGAGCACAGAACAAGGCGGCGCCCAAGGCCAAGCGCGGUCACAAUCGCACCAUUGAGGAAGACCUAACGGGCAGCCUGGCCAACAAGGCUCCUGAAUCCUCUGCGGACUUUGAGCGUAUGCUGCUCAGCUCUCCCAACUCAUCCUAUCUCUGGAUUCAGUUCAUGUCCUUCCAGCUGCAGCUGUCCGAGGUAGAGCAAGCCCGUGAGGUGGCAAGGCGUGCGCUCAAGGUCAUCAACUACCGAGAGGAGACGGAGAAGCUCAAUGUCUGGAUUGCUCUCCUCAACCUGGAGAACACCUACGGCUCCGACGAGUCCCUCGAGCGCACUUUCAAGGAAGCCAGCCAGAUGAACGACGGCAAGACCGUUCACCUGCGUCUGGCAUCCAUUCUCGAGCAAACGGGCAAGAUCGACAAGGCGGCCGAGAUGUGGAAGCGCACAGCCAAGAAGUUCGGCUAUUCGCACAAGGUCUGGGUGGGUUAUGAGCACUUCUAUCUGCGCCAGAAGCGCUUCGACGAGGCUCGAUCCCUACUGCCACGCGCCCUGCAGAGUCUUGAGAAGCGCAAGCAUGUAAAGACGAUGGCUGCCUUUGCACUCGGCGAGUUCAAGAUGGGCGAUGCCGAGCGCGGAAGGACUAUCUUUGAGGGCCUGGUGGACAGCUACCCAAAGCGUCUGGACCUCUGGUGGCAGUACAUCGAUCAAGAAGCCUCAUCCAACGCAGGGGACAAUGUCCCAGGUGCAAGACUUCUCUUUGAGCGCGCUCUGAAUCUCAAGCAGAGCACAAAGAAGGUCAAGAGUAUAUUGAAGAAGUGGUUGGAGUUUGAGAAGAGAAAAGGAGAUGCAAAGGGUGAGGCAGAGGUGCUUGCUAGGGCGAGGAGAUUUGUGGAAGAACUCAAUGCUGCCAAAGAGGGAGCUGAUGACGAGGAUGAAGAGGAUGAGGAAGACGAGGAGUGAAUGCAAAAGAGAACUGUCAAGACUUGCCGAGGCAAGCGUUACUGCAUACACAAUUUUUUCCAGACUGCUUCUUUUGUCUGCCAUUCUGCUUGGUUCGAAGGCUGAAAGUUGCCGUGCGAGCCGAACUCCGGGCGGCCCUAGGCAGGCAGAAAUCAGACGGGAGAAAAGCAAGAGAAGCAGAAGCAGGGACAGAGGCAGCAGCAGCAGCAGCAGCAGGAACGAACAAGGAGGGGUUUUUCGGGAUGCGGACCGGAUGAACUCGGGGCGCCGGGAGAAUCUACUUUAUUAUACGCGAGCAGUCGAAGCGCCAGUACAGGACAGUACAGG